AUGGUUUGCGACUCGUGUAUAAAGAAGCUUGGAAAAAUAGCAACAAUCGAUCCAUAUCGCACAAAGUCGCGAAACGAAACUGCGGGGCCGUUGAAAAAGGGAAGUAAUGAGAAUAAACUGCUUUCAACUAAAAAAGACAGAUUCCAACCAUAUAGUCAAGAAUUUCGGAAAUGUCGUAUCUGCAAAACAGUCGUUCAUCAAGUUGGUUCACAUUAUUGUCAACAGUGUGCAUUUCAAAAAGCUAUUUGUGCUAUGUGUGGUAAAAAAAUGUCUGAUACCAAAAAUUUAAAAAUGACUUCUGUUUGA